AUGAAAUCAGAACUGACCCUGUUGACUGACCCUGUGUUUCUGGUCCUGUUGAGAAUGAUUCAUUUGCUAGAGCUGCAAUCUGUUGUUCUGUGUGCUGGACCUGAAGCAGUGAAUGUGACGUGUGAGGAGACAUACCCACAUUCUAGUAUGGACUGGUUCAACCAGUGUUCUAGAAUGGAGAAAGCACAGUCGUUCAUAGUAAACAUCCUCCCUGACUGCUUCAUUGUUGGGUGCCCGUACCUGGCAGUGCACCUGUCUCCUGCCAUCCCUGUGUUUGCAGUGUUGCUCUUCGUCUUUGUCAUGGCCAUGCUGCUCCGAACCAGCUUCAGUGACCCAGGGGUGCUGCCACGGGCCCUGCCGGAGGAGGCCAACUUCAUUGAGAUGGAGAUCGAGGCGGCCAAUGGGAACGUCUUGGCUGGACAGCGGCCUCCGCCCCGCAUCAAGAACGUGCAAAUUAACAACCAGAUCGUCAAGCUGAAGUACUGCUACACCUGCAAGAUCUUCAGACCCCCUCGUGCUUCCCAUUGCAGCAUCUGCGACAACUGCGUGGACCGGUUUGACCAUCAUUGUCCCUGGGUCGGAAACUGCGUAGGAAAGAGGAAUUACAGAUACUUCUACUUGUUCACACUCUCGCUGUCUCUACUUACCAUCUACAUCUUCGCCUUUGACAUCGUCCAUGUGGCUCUCCGUUCUGUGGACUCAGGAUUUGUGAAUACCAUUAAAGAAACUCCCGGAACUGUGUUGGAGGUUCUGGUGUGUUUUUUCACCCUCUGGUCUGUGGUGGGAUUGACUGGCUUUCACACCUACUUGAUCUCCCUCAACCAGACCACCAAUGAGGACAUCAAAGGCUCGUGGUCUGGAAAGAACCGUGUGCAGAACCCAUACAGCCAUAAGAACAUCAUUGAGAACUGCUGUGAGGUUCUGUGCGGCCCUACUUACCCCAGUGUGUUGGAUAGAAGAGGGGUGAUGCUGGAAGACUCGACUAGCCCCACCCCCUCUGAUGCGUCUGCUGCUUCCACCCAUAAGAGCAGCAACCCUGUUUCACAAACCACAAAAUCCUCAGCUCCCCUGAUUCCCAAUGAACAUACCCCUGAUGAAGCCAAGCCCAGCAUUGGUGCAGGCACCCAGAAGAGCACCAGCUCCCCUAAAGAAGAGAAACCCCCCUCGCCAACAUCCCCUAAUGCUGUCGCCCCUGCAGUCAUCAAAGAGUCGGCCCACUAGCUUUGAAAAAGCCUUCUUCUGCAGACUUCUCUCAACCCUCUGAAUGUGCUCACUUAAAGGGACACACACAGAAAACUUGUGACUCGUUCAGAGCAGUGGUCUGUGUUCUCUGAUACUCUUUCUCAGAACGGGACCCCUUCUGCCUGGAUCCUGCGCUAGCACUCGAGACAAGUUCUGGAGGUCUUGAGACUCUCCUCUCUGAAUCACAGCAUGAUGAAACUCACAAUGAGGGAAAUGGGGAGCCACAGACUGAAUCGAAUGAGAAUGGGCUACCCUGAAGCAUAAUGAGGACAUUAUUUCCCUCGUAAGAGCUCGUAAAAUGUUCGGUUGUUUUUUCAGUGUCAUUACCCGUUUCUGUAUAGCCUGCCUCCAUUAUUCCUAAGCAUUUGUGUGCCCUGUAAAACCCAUUACUAGCUUCUAUAGUAGUUGUGCAAAAUGCCCUUUGUAUUAGACUUCUUUGUUUUCAAAGUGUGAUAAGGAAAAGUGCUUUAGCCAUAAACUUACAUUUAGGCCCAACAAAACUGCUUUAUUCUGAUGACGGGGCCAUUUGGAUAAGCUUAGUAAGUCAGUUAUAAAUCUCAUUCAACUCGAUGUCAAAACAGAAAGUUAAGCUCAGACUUGAUUUUACAAUCAGCAUGGAUGGUAGAAAGCAGAGGCUGUAAGAUGUUUGUGUCAGUGAGUACAGGCCGAUCUGCAUCAGUAAGAGUGCCUUAUCUAUGCUCUACCAUUAUAUCUACAGAGGACUCCAUAAUGCCCUAAAUCUACUCAUACCUGUAAGUUAAUCAACUUCAUUUUUAUACGACGCUAACGAUCUGUCAGAAUGCAAAAAAGCCAUGGAGUAAAUGUACAUCAUGUAAAAAUGACUGAGAAGCUGCAAAUACCUUAUAAGUGGAAAAGCAUGCCUGAUUUAUGACUAUUAUUUUGAUCUUAUUUAACAAGGUUUUUCCACAUCCACCUGACAUAUGAGCAAACUUUCCUUUUUUCCUUUUCACUAAGAGUCAGAUAUUACUACUCAAGGCAAAAGUAAAUGGAAGAUAGUUUAAUUUACAUCUUUCCUGAGUCUAGGCAUGGAAAAGUCCAGUCGACCAAUUCUCCUUCAGUGUCAUUUAAGCAUGCUUUUGCAUUCAAUUUGCAUUCAAUUAAGAAAUUGUGCUUGUUUUUCUUUUUCCACUUUCUUUUCACCAUGUUUAAGGUAGCAAAGCUUGCCCCAGUGUAUAAGCGAAUGUGUAUUGUAGUCACCGUUACUAAUUUCACUGUAGUAUGUUGAAGGCCACUUGUAAGGGAACACUUUAUGGACAGACCUACAGAUAUCAGGGACCUAUGGACUCGUAUAUUUUUACAUGAAUUCUCAUAGCCAGCUACACAUUUGUUUCAGAGAAGUAAACAGGGGCAGUAUUGUUGUGUGGAAAGUUUAGAAGUGAACCAAGAACUUUGUCUCCGUUUGAUUCAUUUGGAACAGCCAGCUUUAUAAUGUUGCCAGUUCAGUGCCAUCUCACAG